AUGGCUCUGCUGAAGACCGGACUGUACCUUCACUUAAGUGUCUUCAGUGUCUUGGUUCUCCAUCACUUUGCUGUCUUUCUCCUUCUGACACACUCCUGUGCAGGUCAGUCUCAGCUGAUUGGUCCACCUCAGCCAAUAGUAGCAAUACUUGGAGGUGACAUCAUUUUGGCGUGCCACCUGGAACCUUCCUUGGAUGUUGCUGCAACGACAGUGGAGUGGGCAAGACCGGACCUGGAGCCCAGAUUUGUCCAUGUGUGGCGUGGAAGGCAGGACUUUCUGGCUGAUCAAAACCCGUCCUACGAGGGAAGAACGUCUCUGUUCACUGACAAACUGAAGGACGGGGACAUUUCACUGAAACUCUCUAAAGUCAAACUCUCUGAUGAGGGAAAAUACAGAUGCUUCAUUCCUACACUGAAACAAGACUCUUUUGUUGAGCUUGUUGUUGGUGCUGCCUCCUCUCCUGUCAUCACCGUGACCAAAAGCAGCAGUGCAGUGGUUUUAGAGUGUGAAAGUAAAGGCUGGUACCCAGAGCCUGAGCUGUUUUGGCUGGACGCUGAGGGAAAGCUCCUCUCUGCUGGAGCUCCAGAGACAGUCAGAGGUCCUGAUGGCCUCUAUACUGUCAGCAGCAGAGUGACUGUGGAGAAGAGCCACAGCAACAGCUUCACCUGCAGGGUUCAGCAGCUCAGCAUCAACCAGAGCAGGGACACACACAUCCACGUCCCAGAGGAUUUCCACGCCUCUAAGCCUGUUGUUCCAAUCACCAUCGGCUUGUCUGUUGGCUUCCUGGGUGUAGCUGCAGCCAUCUCCCUUGUGUGUAAAUGGAAACGCAAUAAAUUCAGUGAGUAA